AUGGCUCAAGCUCCAGUUACAACCGCCAAUCCGACCGCUGGCCAGAAGCCCGCGGAUCCCAAAGCGGCCGUCAAGGCUACCGGGGCAAAAUUUGGGCACAUAGUUACCGCUCUCUGCUCCCGCAUCCAAGCCUUUCCGCCGUACACUUUUGUUACCCGGCAGAAAUUGGAAUCUAUUUCUCGCCUUCUGCGCAAACUGAGCGCCCUCAAGCCGUUUGAAGAAAUCGACCCUACCAUUCUGAAGGAAACUAGGGUCCAUGUGUUGAUGAUGAAUCUUAUCAAGAGCCCGAUUGAGCAAGCCGAUAGCACCGCCCUGCGUAUUCGCGACGAGGCCGUCUGCCUCCUCAAAAGCUGGGUGCCGCUUAUGGUAGAUAUUGAAAGGACUUUACGUUUGACUAUCAAAGAUUCUCGAGCUAAAGCUAGAGCCCUUCGUAAACAAUUGCGCAAGAUGAACAACUAA